AAAAUUGGCUGCCGCAUUUUAAAGGUCUUCUCGAAUGUAGCACCCCAGAGCACAGAUCGCGUUGUCCAGACGGUGGGUAAACAAAAUGAAGUUAUCGAGGCCAUACGUGAAGUUAUCAACUUGACACGUGACACUCCCAUCAAAGGCCCCGUCCACAAUUAUGACCCGCUGAAUUAUGAUCGCAUGUAUGCCGAUGAAUAUGGCGGCUAUGGCAAUAUUCCCGGCAGUACUCGUCCCUCUAGGGAUGGUGGUCGUCGUGGUGGCGGAGGCGGUGGUGAUGAUCGUGACUAUGGUCGUGGUGGUGGACGUCAUGAUGAUCGCAGCCGCAGUGGUGGCCGUCGUGACAAUCCAUUUGUAAAUCCCUGGGCCAACGAUGAUGGUGGUUAUGGCAAUGGUGGCGGUGGAAAUGUUGGCUAUGGCGGAGGUGCUGCUGCCGGCGGUUAUGGCGGCAAUGCUGGUGGUUUUGGCAAUAACUUUGGGGCCGUUGGUGGUGGUGGCGGUUUUGGCAAUGCUGCUGCCGGUCCCAUGCCGGUUAAUAAUUAUGGUGGAGGUGGUUAUGGUGGCCAAGGUGGUUUUGGUGGCGGCAACACAGCUGCCGGUUAUGGUGGAACUGGUUUUGGUGCUCCAGUCAAUCAAGGAUAUGGUAGUGCAGGCGUUGGCGGCAUGAAUCAGGGAGGUUUUGCUGCUGGUCCCGCCAUGGGCAAUGGCAUGGGCGUUGGUGGUGGACCGGCACCGGUGUUUGGUGCCAAUGGUAAUGUACCGAAUAAUAUUACCGGUACUCUACCCGAUGGUCACGAUCCAAAGAAUAGUACACAGGUCUCCAUACCAAAAGAAAUGGCCGGUGCUAUAAUUGGUAAAGGUGGCAGUCGUAUACGUCGCAUACGUAAUGAGUCGGGUGCUUAUAUAACCAUCGAUGAACCAUUACCGGGUUCCUCAGAUCGUAUUAUUACCAUUUCGGGUAAUCCCAAACAAAUACAAAUGGCCCAGCAUAUGUUGCAACAGAGGUUAGAGUUGAAGAAAAACUUCAUUUAG